AUGGACGUGUUGAACUCCCUAGUCUGGCCGUCCAUAGCCACACUGUCCAAGCAGCAGAUCAUCGCGGUGUUGUUAGAGGCUCAAUGGGACAGCUUUGUACAUGAGGUCUGGGUGUGUAUUGUACCCAGAGACGAGGCUGUAAAAAGGCUAAUUGACCGUAACAACUUGUCGGAGGAGCAGGCCAGACAGCGUAUUGACCUCCAGAUGACCAAUAUUGACCGUGUUCAGAGAGCUAAUGUGGUGCUGAUCAUGGAGUCCUCCAGACAGGGGAAGGGGGUGGUGGUCCUGGAUGCCGCGGUGUUGUUAGAGGCUCAAUGGGACAGAUUGGUACAUGAGGUCUGGGUGUGUAUUGUACCCAGAGACGAGGAGCAGGCCACACAGCGUAUUGACCUCCAGAUGACCAAUACCAACCGUGUCCAGAGAGCUAAUGUGGUGCUGUUCACUUUAUGGGAGUAA